AUGUCUAAAACGGUUGGAGAUAGUAGCAUGAAUGAAGAGAAUAAGUUUACUGCUUUAGUUGUAGACGAUAAUGUUGUCAUUAGAAAGAUUGAAGAAAUGUUGCUUAACAAGAAAGGGUUUAAAACUAAGGUCGUGGAAAAUGGUCAAGAGGCCGUGAACACUUUCAGUGAAGGCAAUUCUUUUGAUGUUAUUAUCAUGGAUAUGGAAAUGCCGAUAAUGGAUGGGAUUCAGGCAACUAAAGAGUUGCGAGCUAUGGGCGUUAAGUGCUUGAUAUUUGGCGUGACGAGCUCUGAAUUAAAGUCUGACAUUCAAGCAUUUGUAGAAGCCGGUUUAGAUGAAUAUUUUCCAAAGCCACUGGAUUUUGUGAAGAUUGAAAACAUACUCAAGCGCCUCAUCAAAAAGUGA